AUGCUCUCAUCAAUCCUACCUAUACCUUUACCUACAAUCUCACAUAAUCCUUCUCACUCUUUCACUCACCACCGCCAACAACAACAACAACACCAUCCUCACAAUCUCCCCUCACCCCCCGUCGCAUCAAUGAUCAUGCUGCUCCCCCCGCCAAACAAGACCCUCAAGGGCCAUAAGGUUCUCAUCCUCUCCCAGUGGGUGCCGCCGCAGGAGUAUCUUGACCGCCUGCACGACCAGUUCCCGGACCUCAAGGUCGUCUACCACGAGCUCGGCUGGGCCGACAGGAAGCCCGGCGACGGCUUCAACCCGGACGACUGGAAGGACGUGACGAUCCUGCUGACCGGUAGCGCCCUGCCCACGCCCGAGGCGGCGCCCAAGCUGCACUACGUCCAGCUGCAGAGCGCCGGCGCGAACCACAUCCUCCAGGACCCGUUGUUCAAGGACACGGACGUGAGCUUCUGCACGGCGAACGGUGUUCACGGGCCUCAGAUCUCCGAAUGGAUCAUCACGACGUACCUCUCGUUCCAGCAUCAGCUUCCCAAAUACAUUGACAACUCUCGCGCGGGCCACUGGAAGCGCGGCGAUGACAAUGUCGAAGAUGCCGUCGGCCGCACAAUAGGAAUCCUCGGCUACGGCAGCAUCGGCAGACAAACAGCACGCGUGGCCACGGCCCUCGGCUUCAAGGUGCACGCUUACACUCUUCACCCGCGCCCGACGCCCGACUCGAGGCGCGAUAACACGUAUACGCCGCCCGGCCUCGGCGACCCGGAGGGCAAGUUCCCGUCCAAGUGGUUCUCGGGCGCCUCCAAGGCCGACCUGCACGCCUUCCUCGGCUCCGGCCUCGACCUGCUCGUCGUCGCCACGCCCCUGACGGACAAGACGAGCCACCUGCUCGCCGCGCCCGAGCUCGAGAUCCUGGCCGAGCGGCGGACCUUCAUCUCCAACAUCGCCCGGGGUCCCAUCAUCAACACGGACGACCUGAUCGCCGCCCUCGACAAGGGCACCAUCCGCGGCGCCGCCCUCGACGUCACGGACCCGGAGCCGCUGCCCGACGGCCACCCGCUGUGGAAGGCCAAGAACCUGCUCAUCACGCCGCACAUCAGCGGCCUGUCGACGAGCUACGCGGAGCGCGUCUUGGGGAUCCUGGAGCUGAACCUGCAGAGGCUGAGCGAGGGCAAGAAGCUCACCAACCUCGUCAACAAGAAGGAGGGUUACUAG